CCCACCCAUCCACCACUGCCACCCUGCCACCCAGCCACCCCUCUCGCUCUCUCGUGAAGGCGGAGCGGCGGGACCCCCCCACACACACACAGCCACCCCGAAGGCAACCCCCGGCAAAAGCCGCGCGGCUCUCGCACGAAGCGGCGACGGGUGGGGGGGAAAAAAGAGCGGGAACCGCAGAAACAGCAACCACCACCACCACUGUCGCCUCGCCACAACCACCACAAUCACCGUCGCUUCGUCUCAACAACCACCACCACCGUCGCCUCUCCACAACCAUCACCACCACAAGCACCGUCGCUUCGUCUCAACCACCACCACUGUCGCCUCGCCACAACGAUUACCACCACCACAAGCACCGUCGCCUCGCCACAACCAUCAUCACCACAAGCACCCUCGCCUCGUCUCAACAACCACCACCGUCGCCUCGUCUCAACCAUCAUCACCACGACAAGCAACAGCUCUCUCGUCGCCGCCGCUUCUGCUACCACCGCCGGCUUCUCCACCUCCCGAGGCGGGUGCCUCAUCAACCUCAGCCUGAGCAACCAUGGUGAAGGAGACUGCUUAUUAUGACACCUUGGGCGUGAAUCCAAACGCCACUCACGAGGAACUCAAGAAAGCGUACCGCAAACUCGCCUUAAAGUACCAUCCCGACAAAAACCCCAAUGAAGGCGAAAAGUUCAAACAAAUUUCCCAGGCAUACGAGGUUCUGCUGGACCCCAAGAAGCGAGAGCUUUAUGACAUGGGAGGGGAGCAGGCCCUCAAGGGGGGCAGCAGCAACAGUGGCAACGGCUUCAGUAGCCCCAUGGACAUAUUUGACCUCUUCUUCAAUGGCGGCACCCGCAUGCACAGGGAAAGGAGAGGCAAGAAUGCUGUACACCAGCUAUCUGUGGGCUUGGAAGAGAUGUACAAUGGCUCAACCAGAAAACUGGCACUUCAAAAAAAUGUGCUGUGUGCAAAGUGUGAAGGUCGUGGGGGCCGCAAGGGUGCGGUGGAACGCUGUGUGCCAUGCCGGGGAACAGGCAUGUAUCUGCAGAUCCAGCAAAUUGGGCUGGGCAUGGUGCAGCAGAUCCAGUCUGUGUGUCCCGAGUGCCACGGCCAUGGCGAACGCAUCAACCCGCGGCACCGCUGCCGCUACUGCAACGGGCGCAAGAUCGUUCGCGAGAAGAAGAUCCUGGAGGUGCACAUCAGUAAGGGCAUGAAGGAUGGCCAGAAAAUUACAUUUUAUGGCGAGGGCGACCAGGAUCCAGACCUCGAACCUGGGCACAUCAUCAUCGUUCUCGACCAAAAAGAACACCCUGUGUUUCACAGGAGAGAAGACGAUCUGGUGAUGAAAAUGGAAAUUGAGCUAGUUGAGGCACUGUGUGGUUUUCAGCGAUCCAUCAAGACUCUCGACAACAGAACAAUCCUCAUCACGUCUCAUCAAGGUGAGGUCAUCAAAGAAGGCGAUGUCAAGUGCAUACUGAAUGAAGGCAUGCCUCUGUAUCGUGACCCAUUUGAGAAAGGACGCCUCAUCAUCCAAUUCAGUGUUAAGUUCCCGUUGGCGGGAUUCUUGCCGGCGCACAAACUGCCGCAGCUGGAAGCCUUGCUGCCUCGGCGUGAGCGCUACGUGCAGUCAGACGAUACCGAGGUGGUGGUGCUUACAGAGCUGGACCCGGCACACGGGCGGUACCACAGCCACUACGCCGGACAGGUGUACAUGGAGGACGAUGACGCAGACUACCAUCAGCCACGUGGCAUGCCAUGUCAGACCUCAUGAGCACUUUUACUUCCACGUUCAGCACUCGCCCCCCUCCGUUGCCUUCCAAAUAUAGAAGCGGAUUUACAUGGGGGCACGACCAAGCCCAGAUCAGGUUGACUUUGGUGCAUUUGUUUGAGACUUGCAAAGCAAUGACCACUUUUGUACAGUUGGGCAACAGGCCCCUUUGCAAAUAACUUUCUCAGCAGGUUUGUACAAAAUGCCAGCAACAAAAACCUUAAAAUCUUUGAUCGUUUGUGUAGAUUUAGGAUGCAUCAAGUGUGAUUUCUAUCGGGUUCUCAACCCAUCUGGGUGUGGCUAUCCUUCACUUUCAAUGUAUUUUAUGUAAAUGUGCAAUCUGAAUUUGUGUCAAUAUGCCCUUAAUUGUACAAAAAAAACCCUUGUGUUGGAAAACCUUAAGGUAGAUAUUCCAUUUCUGUAUUUCCAAAAAUGUCCCCACAAAUGUAAAUCGUAUUACACUGGUUGUGGGUUAAUCUGUAUAAGGUUGACUUCAAAAGUUACCAGCAGCACAAUAAAACAAUUGAUGUGA